CUUCAGCUGCUCAUGGGUCAGCUCAAGGACGAUUUCCCAGAGCGUGCAGCAGUGGCCAGCUCCAUCGCGGUGCAGCUCAAGGCCAGGUACCUGGAGCUGGCGGCCAAGGUGGCCGACCUCCCGCCCCCGCCGCAGGCGGAGCUCCAGGGGCAUUUGUCCAACUUCGACAGCGUGCUGGAGUCUGGCGACCUGGCCGCAAUUCGUGAGGGCUGGGCCAAACUCAAGACCAGCUGCCAAUCCGUUGCCCAGAAGGAAGCCGCAG